AUGUUGGAUUUAAGCAAUAACAAGAUCGCGGGCAAAUUGCCUUAUUGGUUGGGGUACUUGAGAAAUCUUAGACGGUUGAAUCUAGGAGGUAAUAAAUUAGUUGGAUUGAUUCCAACAUCAAUUGGAAGAUUGCCAUACUUGGAAGAGUUAAGUCUAUUUAGGAAUGGACUCAAUGGAACCAUACCGACUUCUCUUCAUGAACUUUCAUCCUUGCAAAUGUUAGACUUGUCACACAAUUUCUUGAAUGGCAAUGUUCCAUCUUUUCUAGGACAGUUGCAUUCUCUAAUCCUUUUGCAACUGUCAAACAAUUCCUUGACCGGAACCAUCCCGGAAGUCCUUGGACAGCACAAGACACUGGUGAGAAUUAGCCUCUCAUCGAAUUUUUUGGAAGGCGUAGUGUCAGACUCUCACUUCACCAACCUCUCUAGUCUAAAGAGUUUAGACCUACGCUUCAACUCAUUGAUCUUGAAUCUUACUUCUGACUGGAAACCUCCGUUUCAACUCGAUGAACUUCAGUUAAGUUUCUGUAGAAUUGAAAGCCAGAUUCCUCAAUGGAUUCAAUCACAAAAACAGCUCAUUUUCAUGGACCUUUCGAAUACAGGGAUUUCAGGGGAUUUGCCAGAAUGGUUUUGGAACAUGAAGUUUUUUGGACUAAUUUUGUCCCACAAUCAUCUUACAGGUUCAAUCACAAACUUAUCCUUUGAGCUCUCUUAUGGAGACCUUUCAUAUAACUUGUUUUCGGGGUCUCUCCCACAAGGUCAAGUGCUCGACAAUGGCCUCGUUCGAACUUCUUUGUGCCAUUUGAAGAUACUGAAUGUGCUGGAUCUUCAGAGAAACAUGCUAUCAGGCACAAUACCUGACUGCUGGAGUUCUGAACAAGUGUAUACUAUCAAUUUGUCCUCGAAUAAUCUUUCAGGGCUCAUUCCCAAGUCCAUAGGACUACUUCCUAACUUGUUAUUUUUGAAUUUGAACAACAAUUCACUUGAAGGGAAUAUUCCUAAGACUUUCAACAAGUCUAGAGGAUUGAUCAUUCUAGAUCUUGGUGAAAAUAAGCUAUCAGGGGACAUGCCAAAAUUCAGGGCAAAAAGCCACCCGAAUCUGCAAAUCCUCAGAUUACGAGGAAAUCAACUUGUUGGGGCUCUUCCAGUACAACUUUGCUCACUUCCUUGGCUUCAAAUCCUCGACCUUGCAAGCAACAAUCUGACCGGGAACAUUCCUCAAUGUUUUGGCAACUUAAACGGUAUGGUGUUGCUUCCCACAACUCGUAAUUCAAGUGCAUCAUCACCUACAUUUCCCAUUGAACAAACUACCAUGGAGGUGUUGAAAGGGCAAGAGCUACAAUACACCACCAAUCUUAAGUUUGUAGUGAACUUAGAUCUUUCAUGCAACGGCUUAGUAGGCUCAAUCCCUGAGGAGCUUACUAAUUUAGCAGGACUUGUUGGCUUCAACUUGUCGAACAAUCAUCUAACAGGAAUUAUACCUCAGAAGAUUGGUAAUAUGAAAUCAUUAGAGUCCCUUGACCUGUCUAACAAUAUGAUUUCAGGGACAAUUCCUCCAAGCAUAUCCGCGUUGAAUUUCUUGAGCCACUUAAACUUGUCCUACAACAAGCUUCACGGUACAAUCCCAACAGGAAACCAACUCCAAACUCUUGAUGACCCAUCAUUGAUUUAUGCUGGCAACCCAGGUUUAUGUGGAGAUGCAUUGCCGAAAAAAUGCAAAAUCAAACAAGGUGUUCAACAAGGAUCAAGCCAUGCUCAAGAGGAGGAGGAUGACCCUCAAGAGGUGGAACUCUAUGUUGUCGUAUUUCUUGAUUUUGCUACCGGGUUUUGGGGAGUGGUUGGAAGUUUAGUGCUCAUGCCGGGGUGGAGACACGCUGUUUUCCGGCAUAUUGAGAAUAUCAUGAAUUUCUUGGGCGCUCGAGUUGUGUUAAAGAUCAACAGCUUCAGAAAUUUAUGA